UCCAACACUCAGUCAGCCUCCACACAGCUCGCGCCAGGCAAAACCAGGCAGAAACGGGAGAGGUGCACAUAAUUCUGUCUCCUUGAUCGUGUCUUCUGGCUCGUGUAACGGGUGUUGCCUCAUGUGUUCUCCUGAGCAGCCGGCCAUGCUAUUGCUGUUGGCACUGCUGCUGCUCUGUAACAACGGAAUCAGUGACGUCGAAGGCUCAACGAUCCAUGAGAGUAGCAUCGUCGAUCUGCAUGCGCUGCUCGAUUUCAAGCUGGGCAUCACCAACGAUCCACAAGGAGCCUUGAACAGCUGGAGCAACAACACCCACUUUUGUCGAUGGCGUGGUGUGAACUGCACCACAACAUCACCGUUUCGUGUCACCGAGAUUAACCUCACUAGCCUGGACUUAGCAGGCCAAAUUACCUCCUCUCUUGGAAACAUGACCUUCCUUCGAUCACUCGACCUUGAGUGGAAUAAAUUCGUUGGUCCCAUGCCUAUCCUUGCCCGCCUCCAACAACUGCACACACUUUAUCUAAACAACAACCAUCUACACGGGAUAAUUCCUGAUUCACUUACCAACUGUACCAGCUUGGUCAACUUAGAUCUCUCUGUGAACUUGCUGGUGGGUCAAAUUCCUAUCCUUGGCCACCUCCAACAACUGGAGACACUUUACCUGGACGACAACGAUCUGCAUGGGACAAUUCCCGAUUCAGUCACCAACUGUUCCAGCCUGGCCAACCUAGAUCUCUCUGUAAACUCGCUAGUGGGUGUAAUUCCACCGAAACUAGACUUCAUUUCACAUAUUUUCUACCUAAACCUCUCUGAAAACUCCAUAGCGGGUCCAAUCCCUCCUAAACUAGGUUUCCUUUCAAAUCUGUCCUACUUGGAUCUCUCUGGAAACUUGCUAGUGGGUCAAAUUCCUCCGAAACUAGGCCUCCUUUCAAAUCUGAUCCUCUUGGAUCUCUCCAGAAACAUGGUAGCGGGUCAAAUUCCUCCAAGCUUAGGUUUUCUUCCAAAUCUAGAAUAUAUGUUUCUUCGAUCGAAUCAACUCGAGGGGAGCAUUCCUGGUGAGCUUGGGCAAUUGCAGAAAUUAAAAGAGCUGAUCCUGGGCAGUAACAAGCUUUCAGGUGAAUUCCCACACGCCAUCUUGAACAUUUCAGCUUCUCUCCAAAUUCUAGGCUUGGAGUUUAAUAUGCUAGACAAAGCACUGCCACCUAAAAUUGGAGACUUUCUGCCUAAUCUAAAAGAACUUACCUUGGACAGCAACACGUUUGAGGGUGACAUCCCAGCUUCCCUAGGCAAUGCUACAGGUUUAGAACUGAUAGAUUUAUCAAAUAACAGUUUCACGGGGCAAAUUCCGAUUUCUUUUGGAAAGCUUUCAAAUCUGACACGUCUAAACCUUCAGCUUAACUACCUUGAAACGAGGGAAAGCAGAGACUGGGAAUUCUUAAAUGAACUGAGAAACUGCCGAUCUCUGAAUCUGCUAUCACUAUCUUACAAUCAGCUGCAAGGACAUAUUCUGCAGUUCAUUGGUAACCUAUCACCUAGCCUUGAUACACUUUUCUUAUCUGGAAACAGCUUAUCAGGACAAGUACCCCAAAGUAUCGGAAAUCUUAAUGUCUUAACUAGACUGUCACUAAGUGGAAACGAAUUAAGUGGUACAGUUGAAGGUUGGAUUCGAAACCUCCGGCGGCUCACAAUUUUGGGACUUAGUGACAACAAUUUCCAAGGCGGCAUAACCCAGUUUGCUAACCUUAUUCAUCUCCAAAAGUUGUAUCUGUCAGACAACAAUUUUACUGGUGGAAUACAGUGAGAUUAGUAUCCACGUGCUCUUAUUUACAGGCACGAGGGUGUAUUCUGUUAGAAAUAUGCAACAGAGGCAACUGUAGAGAUGGUCAUACUUAUUUGUAUUUAUGGUUUGAUUAACAUCUUUUAUAUCG